CUGCUCACUGAGGAACUGGAAGGUGGCUUAGCAACUUGGUAUAUUGACUUUGAUUUUGUUUAUUGUCUCCUUCGCUGGAGGGCCGUACAAUAGUGGAAAAGGUUGGGGCCCUCCACCAACAUUGAUUGCAUGGCCGAGAUUCCUGACAGAACCGCUUUUGACAGAAAGGCCAGGGAGAAGGAGAGAAGGGUGAACAAGGCCAGGGUUCCAACGGCCUGAAUGCCUCCAAAGGUUUGAUCGAUCACACGAAGGCUAAGGAUACAACUUGAGACGCACUGAAGACGAGUUGGUCGUGAAAGAGUUCAGCUUCCAACAAAAUGCCGAAUUUACCGCUGAAAUCACCAGGCAAGACAUCCUUCGCCAAAUCCGCUCUAAUUAGGGGCAAAGGCAGUGGCACAGCCACACCCUUUGGAGGUGUGGCGGGCAAAAAAGGUGGUGGAGGAAACUUGCCAGCCGGUGGUCCGGGACAUGAGGGUGAAGCGAAUGGAAUAUUGGAAGGGAUCUCGUCCCUUCACUCAUGGAUCAAAACACAGACCAUGAUCCGUCCCACGCCCAAAAUAUCGCGGGGCAAAUUGAAUGGCACAUACGAAGAGGAUGCUGAUGAGGAUGUGGUAAUUACGCUCACAGCCAAAAAUCCGCAAGCCCCGAAAAAUGUGGUCAGAUUCGACUACACCAGCGGCGAGUACAUCAACAUCAAGCUCUCCGAAACCAUGAUUGAUCAUCUGGAGAUUGAAAGCACGUGCUUUCAUCGAGAUUCCGUGGAGGCCAAGAAGCAAAUUCAAGCUGGAGGCGGAGCAAUGAACGCCUCAUCUUUUCGCCAUUUGGCAAAGGGCGUGGUCAAGAGAGAUCGGAUAAUUUCCCUGAUCAAUACAGAAGGUUUGGACGAGGAUGAACACGACGAGGACUUGGACGAAGAACGGACCAAGCGGAAUCAAACUGCGAAACGAGAUCAGGUUGCCAGGGACGCUGAAAAGGUCAAAGCGGUGAAACCAAGGAGACGAGAUUCUGACGAUGAGGAUGGCGAUGGCGGUGACAAGAAGCUACAAAAUCAGUUCUCGUUCGUGGAGAGAGCCACACAAACCAUGAACAAUGCCAUGAAGUCAGCGGCGAUCCAAACUGAACCUCCGCCAAGAGCCAACUUUUCGGAUUCCGUCAAUCAAUGGAUCAUUUUUGAUGCUUACACGGCUUAUGAAAAGCAAAAAGAAUUGCAGGAAGAACAGGAAAAGAACAAAGGGAAGAAAGAGGAGAAUGUGAGUGCCUACAGCAUCAAGAGGAUCCUCUCAGAUAAGAAACCCGACCCGAAUGAGGAUCUCAACCGUAAUAUGCUAAAAGCCGCUAAAAUCUUAGAGCGAAUGGUCAAUCAGAAUACCUACAACGACAUCGCUUUAGAUUUUAAAUAUUGGGAGGAUGCUUCUGACGAAUUUCGCGAAACCGAAGGGACACUUCUACCCUUGUGGAAGUUUAAUUUCGAAAAGGCUAGAGAUAUGGAAAUCACUUGCCUUUGUUGGAAUCCUUGUUACACGGACCUCUUUGCAGCAUCGUAUGGAACAUAUAACUUUUACGAGCAAGACAAACCGGAGGAGAGUUACGUAUGCGUGUUUUCUCUGAAGAACCCAUCUUUUCCGGAAUACUUGUGCAAAGCACAUUGUGGUGUCAUGUGCGUGGAUAUCCAUCCCAGGCAUCCGCACAUGUUGGCUGCGGGUCUGGCAGAUGGCUCUGUGGCUGUUUAUAACUUGCAGGUUCACAGUCAGGAUCCUUUUUACCUAUCCACUGCUAAUAAUGGGAAACAUCAAGACAUCGUAUGGCAGAUCAAAUGGGCCAAGGAUAAUUUGGACGGUUACCUGAACUUCUACUCAGUUUCCGGAGAUGGCAGGGUGACUAAUUGGACCAUUGUCAAAACUGCUCUCUGGCACACUGACACAAUGUCCAUCAAAUUCUCUCGACAUCUUGAAAACUUCUCGGAGGAACUCGUCAGGGACAAUCUGAGGGAGGGUGGUCGUUGCGUCAAUUUCAAUCCCACGGAUGAGACCAUGUUUCUAGUGGGAACCGAUGAAGGGGUCAUCUACAAAUGCACCACGGAGUACAGUUCCAAAUAUUUGGAGACCUACCCAGCUCAUAACACAUCGAUCUACAACAUUGCUUGGAACCAAUAUGUUCCCUCCAUCUUUAUCACUUGCGCAUCUGAAUGGAUGAUAAAAAUUUGGGACCAUAAUUCCAGGAAGCCCUUGUUUAUGUUCGACUUGAAUUCUCAAGUGGGAGACGUGGCUUGGGCCCCUUAUUCGAGUACGGUAUUCGCAGCUGUGACAAUUGAUGGUAAAGUCCACGUGUUUGAUUUACAUGUGGACAAAUAUCACCCGGUGUGCUCACAACCAAUCAUACCGAGGAAAAAGGCUCGCUUAAACCACGUGUCAUUCAAUCUGCACCAUCCAAUCUUGAUUGUUGGCGACAGCAAGGGAACUGUCCAUUGUGUGAAGUUGUCCCCUAAUCUACGACGACAGACUAAAGAGGUGAAAACCGCUCUCGCCAACAAAGAGCCCAAGAAGGCACUUGAGUUGGAGAUCAAAAAGUUGGAAAACCUUUUGGCCAUGGUCAGAGAACCUCAAGAUAAUAAAGGGAGAAAAGAGGACGAACCUUAAGCCUUCCUUGAAGGGCACCUACAAACCAGAGAAGAAAUAUACAAGUACAUAUGAGAACAUCAUCACGAAA